AUGCGUGUCGUCAUCAUCUGUAAGCAGACGGGCUUGGCUAGCAGCAUGCUACAUGCACUCGAUUCGCCGAGGCUUUACCUCUACCCGGAGGACUUUUACAACACAAGCAAACCCACGUACGCCGCUCGCGAAGAGACGGCGCUCGAGGCGGCCGUGAACCGCGAGUGGAAUGCGGCGCAGCGGCUCCUCUCGGUGCUCGCCACAGCCGAGUCAGUCGAGACUCACGUGCCAGAACUUCACGGCGCGAUCUUCUGCGGCCACCUGGUCGCGGACCUCGAUAGCGUGGCCGGUGCGAUCGGCGCGGCAGCCUUAUACGGCGGCGUGCCUGCCCGUGCCUCCGAGGUCAACAGCGAGACUGAGUUUGCGCUCGCCACGUGGGGCAUCGAUCUGAGCCGGAUCAGGCCGGUCGAGCAGCUCCUGGAGGAGCAGGGUGACAGCGCGCGCGUCUGCCUCGUCGACUUCCAGCAGACCACGCAGCUGCAUCCUGCGAUCCAACCUUCCAAGAUCGUGGGUGUCAUCGACCACCACGCGCUGCAGUCGUCAACGAUAGUGACGCAGAGGCCGAUCUUUGUCGACAUCCGGCCGUGGGGCUCCAUGUCGACCAUCAUCGCGCAUUCCUUCGUCGUGCUGCAGCGCGAAGAGCCGCUCCCUUGCGGGCAUGCGCCCGUCCACGUCGCCUUCGCCGUCGUCGAGACGACCGACGCCGCCGGCAUGCUCGCGCGGGUGCCGGAACUGGAGCUCUCCUCCAAGGGCAAGCCCGUCGACGCCUUCUUCCUCGCCGUCGUCGACAUUGUCGAGCUCGAGACGCACCCCCUCUCUAGCGAGACGCUCAAGCUCGCGGGCAAGGAGUCGGCCCGCUCCCUCUACCGCCUCGCGGCAGGGCAGGCGGACUUCGUCCCGCCGCUGACGGACGCGGUGGCCCAGGGCUGGUCGCCAAAGCUGCUCCAGCCCAACCGGUCCGAGUUCGACCUGGCGGCGCUGGCCGAGCAGUCAGAGGUGUCGGUCCAGUUCACGCCGGCCGGCGAGACCUUCGUCCGCAGCCACAGCGCCGACAAGCGGAAGCUGGACGACUUCAUCGGCGGAGAGACGAACCAAGGCCACUGA